UAUGGCUCAAACAAAUUAAUCUAUAAACUUUAUUUUGCAACACAUGGAAGAGACAGAAUAUCAAAGUAAAUAAAAUUAUAUAAAAUAAAGCUAGCAACAAUAAAAAAUUCCAAAAAUUUUACGGUCACACAUCAUUCUUAAAACUAUUUAAGGGUUAAUUGGAAUUUGUAAUUAACUUUUUGAAAGUUAGAAGAGAUUAUGAAAAAAUUAAAAAACAAAAGGAUUAAUAUGCGGUAUGCUUUGGGAUCAUAAAUUUAAUAAGUUUACUUAUUUUUUAUCUUUUAUGGAUCUAUUCUAUUAAAUAUCCAAGUGAAGAUCUUUAUGAUUAAUUUAUUUUGAAUCAAAGUCAAGGAAUUAUUGAAGACAUCAUUUCUCUUGAUACAAGUUAUCAAUGCCCAUCAUAGGUAAUUAAAUAUAAAAUAAUUUUAGUAUGAACCGCUCUUCAAUUACUAAUGGCCAGGCACUUUUGUUGGGUGUGAUUGUACUUAAAAUUUACCAUCCAAAUCUACUUUUAAUAUUACAGAGCUUACAAAUAAUUUUCAUAAGUAUAAGUAAUGUGACCAACAUGAACUGGAUAAAGGAUGCAAGCAAUUAUAUGAAAUUUAGGAGAAAAAAUUAACAUUAUUAAAUGAUAACAAUUAUUCUAAACGUAAGUGAUAAUUUGUAUAUUUAGCAUUUCUUUUAUGUGCAAAAAGAAAUUAAAAUAUAUCAUUAAGAUAUAAUUUCACUUAUUGUUAAUUAAUAAAUAAAACCAUAUGUGGAUCUGGUGUAUUAACAUAUUGCCUACCACCAGAAGUAGAAUGUCCAAUUUCAGAAAUUGGUUUUACCAGCGACCUUAAUUAUUAGAAUUUGAAGUUAAAAAAUGAUCCUAAAUAUGGGAAAAUAUUUAAUGUGUCAAAUUAGCUUUAGUUUUAUUAUACUAAGAACUAAUCUCUUAUACCUAUUUCUCAAGUUUAAAUCACAGAAACUGAAAAUAUUUGUAAAUUAAAUUCAGAAAAUAAUAUAUCUCCUAAUAGAUCUGAUUAUUAUUUGAUGAAGAUUUAAAGAUAACCUUGUUAGGAGUAUGAUAGUUAAUUUAAAAAGGUUUAUUAAAUUAAUGAAGAUCAAUUUUAUUUAGCAAAUAAUUUAUUGGUCUUAAAUCGUUCAUUAACUUAUUUUAAAGUGAAUAGCUCUGUCAUUUGGACUUUAAGAAUUAAAUCUUAUGCUUAAAUUAAAGAAAAUUGUUAAUAUGGAUCAGAAGAAGUGAUUUCAGAUUAUGAAAAUUUUAUCAGAAAAAUAGAUCUUCAAAAUGUUAAAACAUAAAGAUACAUUAAUCAAUUUCUAAUUAUACCAAUUUUAUUGUUGAUACUAAAUUUCAUACCUUAUCUUUUUAAAUACAUUAUUGUAAAAUUGCUCAAGAUAUUUUAAUAAUAAAGUAAGGAAAAUAUUUUUUAUAAUGUCAUUUAAAGAAUUUUUUAAAUAUCUAUUCACAUUACAAUUCUUUCAUUUCUUCUUUUAGAUUAGGUUAAAUGGGAUCAAUAUUAAGAAAAUUAUAUUAACUUUAUAAAUUCAUAAUGUAUAGUUACUGAAUUGGCUUCUAGUAUCUAUGAUUUUGAUUAGCUUGAAUAUUCCAAAGGUUUCGAAAUUUUUAAAAUAAUUCUUAUAUUUGUUGCCUAGAGCAUUUUUAUAUUGUACUAUUUUCUCUGUUGUUUAUGUGGCCCACUACCUAAUUGUUGUAGGGACAGAAACAAUUUAAGUUAAGUUUAUCCUUUCGAUUUUAAAUAGAAUCAAUAAGAAAAAAGUUAAGGUCUUCCUGAAGCUCAAGAAUAGAAUCAAAAUAGACAAGAUUUUGUUAUCAAUUAUCAUACUCGAGUUAAUUAAAUUGCUCCUGAAUAGGGAUCUUCUUAAUAAAGUGAGAAUAGUUGA